GGUGAUUCAUCCGAGGAAGUGGACCUGACCAUGGUGUAUCAGGCAGCCUCUAAUGGAGAUGUCAAUGCUCUGACUUCAGUGAUUCGAGAAGAUCCUUCCAUUCUAGAAUGCUGUGACAGUGAAGGAUGCACGCCACUGAUGCAUGCAGUUUCUGGACGUCAAGUGGACACAGUCAAGUUGCUGUUGAAGAUGGGGGCUAACAUUAACAUGCAGGAUGCUUAUGGGCGCACCAGUUUAUGCCUGGCAACCUAUCUGGGUUGGCUGGAAGGCUGUGUAAGUCUGCUCAGAAAUGGAGCCAAACACAACAUCCCAGAUAAAAAUGGUCGCUUACCACUCCAUGCUGCCACUGCUGAGCCUGAUGUGAGGCUCCUAACAGUCUUAGUGCAACAGUCAAAUCUCAGUGAGAUUAAUCACCAGGACAAUGAGGGAAUGACACCACUACACUGGGCAGCUUUCCACAACCAACCUCAACACACACAAAUGCUGCUGAAGAAAGGAGCAGAUCCUACCCUUGUGGAUAAAGACUUUAAAACAGCUCUCCACUGGGCAGUCCAGAGCGGAAAUCGAAUUCUGUGUUCCAUCAUUCUGAACCAUCACCAGGGUCCGUCCAUCAUCAACUAUGACGAUGAGAGUGGCAAGACCUGUGUGCACAUCGCUGCUGCUGCUGGUUUCAGCGACAUCAUUAAGGAACUGGCAAGGGUCCCAGAGUGUAACCUGCAGGCUCUGGAUGUAGAUGACAGGACCCCUCUGCACUGGGCUGCAGCUGCAGGGAAGGCCGACUGUGUGCAAUCGCUGCUGGAGCUGGGCAUGGACAGCAACUUGCGGGACAUCAACGAGAGCACGCCUCUGGCCUAUGCCCUGUACUGUGGCCACACAGCCUGUGUCAGACUUCUCUCCCAGGAAAGCAGAACAGAACCAGCUGAACCCAUUCCUUCCCAGAACACUAGACCCCAAAAGAAGGAAGGGCGAUUUAGCAUGCUCAACCAGAUCUUCAGCAAGACCAAGCAGACAGCCUCCCAGAAGGAACCUAGUGGGGACCCCACUAGAGAGGAAGACCCCUCAGAAGUCGAUGACAUCAUCACUUCCUUUGACAGCAUCGUGGACACCAACUGCCAGAAACAGCCUGGUGAGCAGUUGGGUAUGGUCAACUUUAAGAAGAGGAGCACAGAGAAUAUGAAAUAUCUCUUGCCAGAAAAGAAGCCUCUGGUCCACAAGGGGCUUCCACCAAUCAGAACGCAGAGUCUCCCUCCCAUCACCCUGGGCAAUAACUUUCUGACAGCCACCCCAGGGACCACAUCCCAAGCUGGCCUGAGUUCCUCUAUUCAUCACAGUUCCCAGAGAUCUCAUAAAAGUCGCAGUGAACAGGAUUUAUUAAAUAACAGAACUGGCUGCCAGGUGCUACUGGAUAACCCUGGGAGGGGUGAUUCUCACCAAAUGUUCUACAAAGCAUGGACCGUGUCUUCAUCUGAUAAGCUCCUAGAUAGACUUCUUACCAGCACAAAGGGCCACCAGCAGGUUUCAGGGCUGCCAUCUCUUCCUCAUCUGCACAAUCCUUUAUCAGGACACCAUUUUCAGCAUUUCUCCCCGAACAGACCCAAAAUCAGGGAUCUUCCUUCCAGUCGGAACAACUUAUCUCCCUUACCAGACCAAAAAUUUUUGUCAGGAGAACCUCUGAGGACAAACCGAGUGCUUCCUGCUAUUCCAAGCCAACGGGGACACAGCACAGGAGUUGAAGAAAGUGAAAACCUUGCCAGUUCUGUCAAUGAUGAAAAUUAGCUAUGGGUUGCAGACUGCAGAAAUAGAGAUUAUAUGUUUCAAUUGGCAAAGAAUGAGAUUAUUACUCUAGUCUGUAAGAACAAAGACUAAUUCAGAAAACUGCAUUCUAUAAGCCAUUCACGUUUUUAUAAAUAAAAAUCCUUAUUCAAAAUAAAGGUGUUUCCAAAUAAGCACUUAGAAUCUUUGAUUGUACAUACAAUAUGUCAAUGAGUUUCUGUAACCUCAAUUCAAGAUACCAAAUUUAAUUAAAAUAUAUUGU